UGGCUUCCUUUCCUUUGAUAAAACUUGUAGUGCAGCGAGUACAAGGGAGUUGAGUUGUUGCAUGAUGUAAUAAUUAACCAAAUCCAUUGCGAAGAUGAACACAACCAACAAUCACACCAACAAUCAAGAUCAUCUUCUUCUGGAUCCCCAAACUCAAAUCCAAACCCCAAUUCCUCAUCCCCAUCCUGUCCAGCCAAACCAAUCCCAACCUCAACCCCGUCGUCCUCGUGGCUUCGCCGCCACAGCCGCAGCCGCCGCAGCAGCUGACCCCACUAACUCGGUCUCCGUCAAUGUCUCUGGUAAAGGCAAGAGAGAGAGGGAGAAAGAGAAAGAGAGAACCAAGCUUCGAGAGCGCCAUCGCCGAGCUAUCACAAGCCGAAUGCUGGCGGGACUAAGGCAAUAUGGUAAUUUCCCUCUUCCUGCGCGUGCAGACAUGAACGAUGUACUUGCUGCACUGGCCCGUGAGGCUGGCUGGACUGUUGAAGCUGAUGGCACCACUUAUAGACAAUCUCCUCCUCCUUCCCAAAUGACAUCAUUUGCUGUGAAAUCAGUGGAAAGUCCAGUUUCAAAUACUUCUUUGAAGAGCUCCUCUGCGAGAGGAGUUGCAUUGGACUGUCAGCCUUCUGUUCUGAGAAUAGAUGAUAGCUUGUCGCCGGCGUCUCUUGAUUCUGUGGUAAUGACAGAGAGAGAUGCAAGGAGUGAGAAAUUUGCUGGUGCCAGCCCUAUCAAUUCAGUUGAUUGCUUGGAUGCUGAUCAGCUUAUACAAGAUGUUCGUUCGGGUGAGCAUGAGGGUGAUUUUUCAGGCACUUCAUACGUCCCUGUCUAUGCAAUGCUUGCUACUGGAUUUGUCAAUAACUUCUGCCAGCUGGUUGAUCCACAAGGUAUUAGACAGGAGCUAAGCCAUAUGAAUUCUUUAGAAAUAGAUGGUGUCAUUGUAGAAUGCUGGUGGGGAAUUGCUGAAGCAUGGAGCCCUCAGAAAUAUGUAUGGUCUGGCUAUAGGGAAUUGUUUAAUAUAAUCCGGGAAUACAAGUUGAAAUUGCAGGUUGUAAUGGCAUUUCAUGAAUAUGGAGGAACUGACUCUGGUGGAGUUUUAAUCCCCCUUCCUCAAUGGGUUUUAGAGAUUGGAAAAGAGAACCAAGAUAUAUUCUUCACAGAUCGUGAAGGAAGGAGGAAUACUGAAUGCCUAUCUUGGGGUAUUGACAAGGAGCGAGUUCUGAAAGGAAGAACUGGCAUUGAGGUUUAUUUUGACUUCAUGAGAAGCUUCAGAAUGGAGUUUGACGACUUGUUUACAGAGGGUAUAAUUACUGCAAUUGAAAUAGGACUUGGAGCAUCUGGGGAACUGAAGUACCCAUCUUUUCCUGAGAGGAUGGGAUGGAGAUAUCCUGGUAUUGGUGAGUUUCAGUGCUAUGACAAAUAUCUUCAACAAAGUCUUCGCAUAGCAGCCAAAUUGCGUGGUCAUUCAUUUUGGGCCAGGGGGCCUGAUAAUGCCGGUCACUAUAAUUCUAGGCCACAUGAAACUGGGUUCUUCUGUGAACGAGGUGAUUAUGAUAGUUACUUCGGGCGCUUUUUUCUCCAUUGGUAUGCUCAAACUUUGAUAGACCAUGCGGAUAAUGUUUUAUCUCUUGCAAGCCUUGCAUUUGAGGAUACCAAGAUAAUUGUUAAGAUUCCAGCUGUUUAUUGGUGGUAUAGGACUGCAAGCCAUGCAGCCGAGCUAACAGCAGGAUACCAUAACCCCACAAACCAUGACGGAUAUGCUACAGUUUUUGAUCUGUUGAAAAAGCAUUCAGUAACAAUGAAAUUUGCUUGCUCAGGAUUGCAAAUUCCUAGUCAGGAGAGUGAUGAAGCGCUUGCUGAUCCUGAGGGCUUGAGUUGGCAGGUUUUAAAUUCUGCUUGGGAUCGAGGAUUGACAGUUUCUGGUGUGAAUAUGCUUUCAUGUUAUGAUAGAGAAGGGUGCAUGAAGGUGGUUGAGAUGGCAAAGCCUCGGAAUGACCCUGAUCGCCGUCACUUUUCAUUCUUUGUAUAUCAACAGCCAUCUCCUUUGUUUCAAGGAGCAAUUUGCUUUGGCGAGUUGGAUUACUUCAUUAAAUGCAUGCAUGGACACAUAUCAGGCGAUCUCGUAUCCUAACAAGAAACUGCUUUUCCCCUUUGGAAGAUAGAUUAAAACAACUAGUUAUGAAUGUAGUCUAUAGAGGAAACAAAUGCAAUUGUAGCUCCCUGUACCAAAUUUGUAAGCUUUUCUUUAGAAUCUUUGUAGACUAUGCAAUACUUAUUUUCUUUUGUUAAUGCUUAGUGACAUGUCGGGAGAUACUUUGUCUCCACAUGCAACAGUGAGGAGGUAAUCAGGCAGACAAAAAGUGUAAGAAUGUAUGAAGCUGACUAUUAAACCAAUUAGUACAAUGAUCUUUUGAUAGCUUUGAUUUGCA